AUGAAAUAUGACAAAAUUAGAGAGCUGGACGGCGCCGCCACACUGCUGGCCGGCCGGCAGGAUGACAGCGAGCAGUCCAGGAAAAAACUCAUCGACCAGAGCCGCGACUUUAAGAAGAACACGCCAGAGGAUCUGAGGAAGCUUGUGGCUCCGCUGCUGAAGAGUUUCCAGGCUGAGAUUGAUGCAUUGAGUAAGAGGAGUAAAGAGUCAGAGACGGCCUUUCUAAACGUCUAUAAACGACUGAUUGAUGUGCCGGAUCCGGUGCCAGCAUUGGAGCUGUCGCAGCAGCUGCAUCUGAAGCUCCAGAGGAUGCACGACAUAGACACGGAGAACCAGAAGCUGCGUGAGACGCUCGAGGAGUACAACAAAGAGUUUGCUGAGGUCAAGAACCAGGAGGUGACCAUUAAAACACUGAAGGAGAAGAUCAGAGAGUAUGAGCAGAGCAUGAGGAACCAGGCAGAGAAUCUGGCCUUGGAGAAACACCAACAGAUUCAUAAAAACUAUGAGGAGAAAGAGAGGAAGUUCCAGGAGUCGCAUGAGUCUUUGGUUGGUAAACUACAGGAAGCUGAACUCAAAGUCCAGACCCUGCAGACAGCACUUGAACGAACUCAGACAGAGCUUUUUGACCUGAAAACCAAAUAUGACGAAGAGUCGACUGCAAAAGCUGAUGAGAUUGACAUGGUGAUGACUGAUCUGGAGCGAGCCAAUCAGAGAGCAGAAGCUGUUGAGAGGGAGGUUGAAGCUCUGAGAGAGCAGAUCACAUCAGCUAACAAAUCAUCCCCACUGCAGACACGGAUCGACUCGACUCCAUAUACGGAUGAGAGUGCCGAGCUGGUGUCGCGCUCGAGUCUGGAGUCAGAGCUCAGUGCGAAGGAGCGCGAGAUGCUCCAGCUGGUGGAGGACGUCCAGAGACUGCAGGCCAGCCUCUCCACACUCCGAGAGAGCUCAGCCGCACAGAUCAGCCAGCUACAGCAGCAGCUCAAGAGCCAGACCGCCAUGCUCCAGCAACUGGAGGAGAAGCUGCAGACGCAGACAGACUAUGAGGAGGUGAAGAAAGAGCUCAGCAUCCUGAAGUCGAUGGAGUUUGGGCCGUGUGACAGCUCCACAGCGCAGGACUCAUCUAAACCGUUAGAGGUGUUGCUGCUGGAGAAGAACCGCAGCCUGCAGUCUGAGAGCGCGUCUCUGCGCAUCGCUAACACUGAGCUCAGCAGCUGUUAUGCAUCUCUACAGCUGGAGUUCUCCGCAGCAGUGAAGACCAGCGCUGAACAGAAAGAGCUCAUCCUCAAACUGGAGCAGGAUCUCAGCAUCAUCCAGACGAUGUCACGGCCCGAAGCUGAGGGUGCAGACAGCAGCGUGGUGAGCAUCCCCGAGCCAAUUAAAGAGGCCACCGCUCUGUUCUCAGGUGUGGGCGGCUCUCCUCAGACGGAUCUUCCUCAGGGUCAGAUGGACUCUCUGCUGUCCAUCAUCUCCAGUCAGAGGGAGAGAUAUCGCUCACGUAACCAGGAGCUGGAGGCCGCGAACAGCUCCCUUCAGCAGACCGCACAGGCUCUUCAGAGCCAGCUGGACAGUCUGCGCGCCGACAACAUCAAGCUCUACGAGAAGAUCAAGUUUCUGCAGAGCUACCCAAACAGAGUAAGUCACGUCACGGGUCGUGUGAUCCUCUCCAAUAAGACGGCCAGAACUGUGGCUUUCUUCUACACGCUGAUGCUGCACUGCCUCGUCUUCCUGGUGCUGUAUAAAGAAUCCUGGAGUGAGAGUAUCAGUCGGGACUGUGCUGCAUUUUGUGCAAAGAAAUACUCCGACCACCUGCACCGUUUCCAUGAGACUGGAGAUGUGUGGCAGUAGCGGCGUCUAUCCACUAGAGAGAGCGGUUCACAUCAAUCACAUGUUCAUGACAUGAAAAUCAUAGCUUGUGUACUAGGACCAGGUUAGUUGGGGAAUAUACUGGGUUGAAUAUUAAACUGACAGGAGGUUUAAAGGUUUGAUGAUGUUAAUUUACAUGAUGAGAUGUUCUGCAAGCCAUGUGUUGAGCAUUUUCUCUCUGUUACCGUCGAUUUGACUUGAAAUCAGUCAUCUCUAACAUCUGUAACACCUGCCCAGGGCUGAUCUGUUGCUCUUGCAUACAUGAUUAUAACACUUUACAAAAAAAUCGGUGGUAAAAAUUUUGGUUUAUUUAACUUUGUGCCAGUCUGCCAGAUACUUAGAAGCCAUGCAUCUGACACAAUAUUUACAUCCCUUCAUUUUGUAUAUUCAACUAUUGGGACUUAAGGUGUAGUCUCUUGAAAUUAAAGUUAAGCUUUCAAGGGAA